AUGGCUAAUGUUAGUCAGCAGUUGCAGCAGAAACCUGAGAGCACAGAGAAUGACACCCGUUCCGAGUUCGAGAGGGGUUUGGAGGAACUCAUGCUUGGCGAUUAUGACGAGUACAUGUCGUUUGCGUCCUGCAGCUUGCACAGACUGGCCACCACUGAGGACGAGGAAGGUGAGGGCGAGCCGCUUGUACGGAGGAGGCAGUGUUCCGAUCACGACGGUGAUGACCUGGCAGAGUCCUCUGUUGCUCGGAGACGCCACUCGAGGAUCCUCAGCAGGUGGGCCGCCCGCCAGGCUCAGGAGAUGAUCACCACUAUGGAGAGGAGGAACCGUGAGUCUGAACUGAUGGCCCUUGCUGGCCUCCACACAGUCUCCACGCUCGACUCCUCAUUCCUGAGGGAGUCUCAGUCCCCGAUCUCGAGGCGCCAGAGGGAUGUUGAGAGGCUUAACACUCGGGCCUCGUCUAUCCUUCAGAUGUGGCGGGAGCUGGAGGAUGAGCACACCAUCAGCCAUGCUCGGGGGAGAGUGAGGGAUAGGUUGAGGCAGCAGAGGAUCACGGAUUCUAACACGGAUACAGCUGUCGACAUGUCCGAGGAGAGAGGAAGCGAGAACCAGGUCCAGGAGAGUCUGGGUGAAUCGAGUGAGGUUGAGAACGACUACGCUGCUUGGUCUCACGAUCGGGAGGGCUUACAGGACGAGAACAGGGACCACGAGGGCUCCAGCCGCGAGCAGUCUCCUGAUCCUGGGGAAGUUGAGAGGGAAAGGGUGAGACAGAUCGUUCGUGGGUGGAUGGAGAGUGGAAUCAGUGGCACAACAUCUAAUGUGAUGCAGAGGAAUGAUAGUCCUAGAGCUGAAUGGCUUGGGGAGACUGAGCGUGAGAGGGUGAGGAUCGUGAGGGAGUGGAUGCAGAUGAAUAGCCAGCAAAGAGGAUCCCAUGGUGGGCGGAGGGGGGAACAUGAUAAUGAUCCUGGUGGUGGUGGCACACAAGUUGAUGGUGCUCGUGAAGGGUCUGCUGCCGAACAAGAUGAAGGCCAGCCAGAGCAUGCACGCCGAGACAUGUUGAGGUUCAGGGGACGGCAAGCACUACUUGAUUUGCUCCUGAGAAUCGAAAGGGAGAGGCAACGGGAACUUGAGGGCCUUCUGGAACAUAGAGCUGUUUCUGAUUUUGCACAUCGCAAUCGUAUCCAGGUAAUUUUGUAG